AAGGCAGCCGGAUCCCGGAUGUUACGUAGCAAGUGCUUUUGAAAAAGCGGCGGUUUGAGUUUCUGCAACAUACUGAAGUCUCGUGAGGAGACAAAGAUUUACAAUUCAACACUGAAACAUUCUUGGUGUUUUGCUGUAGUGCUACAAGCUCCUCUACAAAGGUGGAGCCAUGCAUUCGCUGCACAAUUCAAAGGAGCGAGGUCUUCUUGGCAGGCUUUGUGCCGGAGACAAGAAACUACAAGGGAAGACGUUCUACCUGGACAAUGUGAAGGCACGCUCAACAAUGCUGAUUUUAGAGGCCAUAUCUCUUCUAGGAGGGAAAAUAGAGAGUUUCCUGCACAAGGAUGUAGACUUUUUUGUAACUGGAAGCCAAGAGAUUCUCAAGGAGGCAAAGAGUGUGGUCACCAAAGGCGAGGCAAAGGAGACGGGUGGAGGAACCCCAUAUCCUUUAAAGAAGCAGGAGGGUAGGCUCGGCAAUGAAAAAGGACGACCCGAAACUCCUAGACCAAUGGCCUGUGGCAGUCGAGGGAAGGCUCUUCUUCAAAAAGCCAUUUGCAACAAUGAGCGUCUUCAGAGGAAUGCGUUGAUCAAUGCUCGAUCGUGGGGAGUGAAGAUACUGAAUGUGGAUGAUGUUCUUUUAUAUCUGAAGCACUUGAGUCGAGAAUGUUUUGGUGUUAAACACAAGAGGGCCGAGAAAACAUCCAGCAAACAAAGUGCUCCUGCUGUCAAAGCUGCAGCUUUGAGAUGUCCUUAUCUUAAAAUUGAAGAUGCUAGCAGGAAGUACAAGCCUCUCCAUAUGCAGUCUAUGACCUUUCCUGCUCUGCACUACUCGGGUCGUUUCAGCCCCUUCGAGUCUCCUCCUCCUCCUCGCUUCGGAAAACAGAUGGAUCAAGUAGGCGCUAAGAAAAGGGAAAAGAAAACUGAGGGCAGUGUUCAGGACAGUUCUCCAGCUCUGCUCAGCUGCAACCCUUCACCAUGGCGGCCGCGUAAAAAGAACUCGUCAUACUGUGAAUGCUGUCAACAGGUCUUCUCUAAUAUAGAGGAGCAUUUAAAGUCAGACCAGCAUCGCUCGUUUGGGCUAGAACCCUCCAACUACAGAGAUGUGGAUCAGCUUGUAGCUGUAAUGCUUCCAGAAUUUGACCCUGACCCAACUCAACCGUCAGGAGAAAGAACGCCAACUCGUAUGCCUUUCCACGAUGUUUGUGAACUGGAGCCCGGGACUAAUGUUGAAGUGAAACAUGUUCAGUCCCUGCUAAAAGAAGAUUCAUCCUUCAUUUCUCACAUUUCCAACCAUCCCCAAAGUCAUCUUUCCUCCAGCCCGGCCAGCCCUACGCUAGAAGUUAAUUUUAAUACCCCAAAUCCAGCCACUCCACCAGCUGAUCAUCAGUCUUCUGAUCCCGAUGCAAACCACCCGUCCGCUCAGCUCCAGCCUUGCCCUUCGAGCCCACCCAUGCCCGUUCUGACUAUUGAGACCUUCGAACAUCUACCUGAUGCUCCAUGUCUCCUCUCUGAUCCUUACUCCCUGCCUCCAAUUCUCAGUCCACAAGUCCCCUAUUUUGUUCACAUCCUGGAUCCACAGAGUCCUUACCCAGACCCCCCUAUUCUCAGUCUUCAGACGUACACAACAGAGGAGACUUUUGAAGGACAGAUUUGUGAAAUGAACCCUGCAGACUCAUCUGUUCCCCUCUCCACUCUACUCCAAAUCUAUGGGACCAGUGAGGAAGGAAAGAGGGAGCCAACUCCAGAGGUUCCUGAUGAACACACUGGAGAUGUGUGUUCUCACAGAGGUUUAGAUCGUGCUCCUCGGUCCUCACAUGGAGCUUAUUCACUUUCUUGGCUGUCAGCUGAAGGAUCAAACACCAAAAAGAAUUGUCGACCAGAAAGCCCUGAACACAGAAACCUUAAAAAGAGGAGGAGGACGCUUGGGGGAAGUGGCAGCUGGGGUGAACAAAGCCCCAAUGCUUCAAAACCACCAAAGGAAAAUGCAUCAAAUGUAGAGGAUGUGUCAUUAUAUGAUGCUUCUGAUCAGAUGGUGCAGUCUAGUCCUAACUCCAUCUCUACGUCACACUUUUUGGAUGUGCCUGAAUUAAAACCAUCUUGCGCCACAUUUUCUUUUCCUUCCAAACCUCAGAGUGCAAAAACCAGUCAAGACCCUCCGUGUUCCCACUCUGCCUCUGUGCACAUCGAGCCAGCGCUCAUCCCAGACCUGACCACACACUCUUCAGCAUUGUCAGACUCUGACUGGGACUGCAACUUCCUGUCAUACCUGAGUCCAACCUCAGCCACGCCUCUGACGCCUGACGAGCAGAACUGUGAGCUCGACAGAGGGCUGCUCCACAGGUCCUGCCCCUGGAUGCACGACACCAGCUAUGAGUCACAUCUGCACACUGUUCUUCAGCCGCCAGCCCCAGCUGCAUCGUUGUGUGGGCAAGACGCUGAGUCGUCCUCCUUUUCCAGAACCGUGGUACCGAUUGCUGAGGUUCAGCAACGGUGGUGUUUUUAGGAUGUGAAAGAACCUGGGAAGCCCUUCAUCUAAUUGUAUUGACUCAAUAUUUAUUUGACCUACUGUUGUAUAUUGGCUGUUGAUAGAGAUGCUAUUUUAUUUUUCUAUGUGGAUGUUUUAUUUUUCUAUGAUUGUCAAUGUUAGCCGUAGAUCCAUAUCCUCACUAGCAAAUGUACAGUACCUUUUGCUGACCGUGGUAAUUCAGCCGCUCUGUCCGGAAACACGUGGUGGUACUGAGAGUUUAAUGACGACUUUCUGAAAAGUGGGGGCAUUACUCAAUUACUCUAAGUGCUGCACCUGGAUCGGAUCCCACGUAAGAUGUUGUUGAUGGUCCAACAGGCCAGGCGUACAUAGAGGGGAGGACUGACAGCUUAUGACACAAACUGUCUGAGUAAUGUCACGUGGCUCGUCCUGCCUUUUGAAGGUGUGCCAAAGGACGGGCUUUGUGAAGGACAGACUAGUCCCAUGUUUGUUUUUUUUUAACCUGUACUUGCCAGUCUUCAGCAGAUUAUUUCAACUGUUUAAAAUGAUCUCCCCUAGCUGCCGACCCUGAUGCAGAAAACAAUGCAAAUGCCAUUUAUUAAAUGUGUGGAAAGAUUUUAGUUCUCUAAAGGAAUCAAGAUGUCAAAACUUGUACCGUAUUUUUUUAAAUAAAUGUUUUUAGUCAUAA